AUGUCUGCCAACGCUGUCAACAUCAGAUCUCGCCGUGUCAAUGUAUUCGCUGAGCCCACAGAUAAGAUCAAGAAGGAGAGUACAAAGCACCUAAACAGCCGCAAUACUCAGACGAUCAAUGAGCAUACUUCGGAUUGGUCCCCUUCUGAUUCCAUCAAUACUAUCAGUGGUCGAAGUGUCAACCGGGAUGCUUUUCUCAGCAGUGAGAAAUGGAAAUCCCGGUUCUUGAAGCAGGAUUUGCCGUCGCAUCCGUUUAAUGUCAAGGCAGACAAACACAAAGAGAAGAAUGAACGGAGUGUCGGUGCCCUCCGGGAGUUGCCGCUGACUCCAAAGAUCGUAAUGGCCAAGGUAACGGCAGCCUCAAAGUCUCGCGGCCUGGUUGCAACGGAGCUCUCAGAUGUAGAUGAAGGCUAUGAGUCUCCUGCCGAUGCUCCCAAUAUGAGCACAGGAACGCGUAUAAGCCACUAUGAGCAGCAUAUGGCUUGUGCUGAAGCGCACCGCAAUGAAGUUGCCAACAUUCACAUGGAACCAAACGACUGUGCAGAACUGGAGAAUGAUGAAUCUGACAGCGAUGUGGAGGUCAUCUACGAUGGCAACAGGGAAACCGACUUUGAAAUUAUUGGCAACGAGGAUUCUAGCGACGAUCAACUGGACGACGAUGUCGAGAUGAAUCAGGAGAUCCCUGAGGUUGACAUUAUGAAGGGGCCAACGAAGCACAGCUAUCCACAGAAGCAAAAUGGCUUGACGCCCGACCCACACAUGUCUUCAAAGAAGCGCUCACAGGCAACAUUAUCGGACAAGGAAGAAGAUGUUGAAUCCAUGAAGCGUCGGAUAAGCAAGGAGCGUUCGCAAAGGGCUCUGGAUAAAGGAGUAGCUGCGGUCGUCGAGGCGAGAAAGGUUGCCUUGGCUAAGGAAGCUCAGUUAACUUCGAAGUCGCGAGCCGGUGCUGUAUCACGAUACAAGCGCCAGGGUGUUACCCGUCUUAGAACAGAAGAACACCCUCUUGAAAAAAGAGGUGGCUUACUUGGCGCCUACAACGACGUGUCUUCCAGGGAGCCUAUAGACCAGAACUCAGCACCCUUGCCACAACAAGCUGUCAAAGGAUCCCCAGAGGAGCGUGGCUGCGAGGUGACCGAUGAGAACAAGCAAAGCGGCCCAUUGUUGGGGACCUACUUCACUUGCCCGGAGCUAAAUCACAUUGAACCUUCCUUCGAGCUACAGUAUGCCGAUCUAGGAGUGCUAUUUGACCCAGCCCUGUUUCCUUCAGGUCUUAAUCUGGACAUUCUCAGGUCUUUUGUAUCGACUACGCGCAUUCCCGCUGCAUUCCUGGGCAACCCAGCCCGAGACACGCCCAUUGACUAUUUCCUCAAGCCAGUUGGCCAAUCACAGAUUCUAGCCUUCAAAAAGGGCGGAGACAACGUCGACGCCCUUGUCUUUGGGUUUGUGACUAAGAGCGAUGUGCUGCAGGGGAGAACGUACAAAGGAGCAGGCGUAACCCGUCUCUUGAAGAGCAUGGAGGUGAACCUCCUGUCUCAGGAGGGAGAACGGUUGUUAGCCAUGCUUUCCAUGGUAGGUGGAGGGAAGCCGAUGGACCUCUUGAGUCUUGAAGGGGGUGUAGUGUCCUUCGCGACCAAACACACACCCAUCGACGAUGAUGGUGUGGAAAUCAAGAGUGAGUGUGAUAUCUUCCUUAUAAAUCAAUUUCCUGAUUAUCCGUUCAUUGUGCAGGGGGUGGUUCAGGAAGACUAA